AUGACCACAAUAGACCUCCGAGAUGCAGGCCUGGGAGGGAAGCUGAGCCAGACACUUGGAGAUUUCACUGCCAUCACAAAACUAGAUCUUUCUUCAAAUAGUAUCAGUGGAGAACUUCCGGAUUCGAUGGCAAAGCUAAGCUCACUGUCAACACUGCAUGUGCAGAACAAUCAGCUAACUGGGACACUCGACGUGCUUCGAGAUCUUCCCCUGACAGAUCUGAACGUGGAGAACAAUCAGUUCUCCGGACCAAUCCCAGACAAGCUGCUCUCAGUCCCCAAAUUCCUACGAAAUGGCAACCAUUUCACCGAACCACCGACCCCCGAGUCCUCCCCAACUCCGGCGACUCCGCCACCGCCUCCGGUUCCUCCAAGCCAUGUGCCACCACCACCAGCUGCACCAGAAGAGCCUCCAGUCCUCUCUGGCUCACACCCACCUAUAUAUGUAAUUCCAGCUCCGCCACAGGACGCCCCUCCGAGCAGACACAAGGACAGAGUGUCACCGGCGAAGGCCGCCGGGUUCAGCAUCCUCGCCGCCGCUGCUGAGGAGAAGAUCGAACGGACUCCGAGAGAUUAUGUCAAGGCAGCAGGAUCAUCUUUCAAGAGCAGCAGCAACGGGAGCAUCGUGUCAGAUAAGAAGAAUGUUCAGCGCAGUUCAGAAGGCCCGCCAGUGCACCUGCAACUCCCUUUCACGCUCUUCACCGUUGCAUCGCUGCAGCAAUACACCAACGGUUUCAGCGACCAGGAUCUGAUGAGGGAGACCUGCUUCGGCAAGGUCUAUCCAGCAGAUCGACCAACGGGAAGCAAGAUCGUCCAUGGAGUCGCCGGGCUCCGGCACCCCAACGUGGAGGAACUCGUGGGCUGCUGCGUGGAGCACGGCCAAAGGCUGCUCGUCUACAAGCACUUCAGCGACCGCACUCUGGAUGACAUGCUGCGUUUCGAGCACGGGGCGUCUGAAGCUGGCGACACCCUUCGCUGGGAUGCUCGGAUUGCUGUGGCCCUCGAAGCCGCGAAAGCACUGGAGUAUCUUCAUGAGGGCGCCGGGAAGCAGGUGGUGCACCGGCAUUUCAGGCCUGAGCACGUCCUGAUCGACGGCGAGCUCAGAGUGUCGGUCUCCGGAUGCGGCCUUGCUCCGUUCGUGCUUCAGCUGUCGGAUUACUGCGGCGUGACGCUGAGCUACGAGCCGCCGGAAGCGGCAGGCGGCGGCGGCGCGGCGUGGACGCCCAAGGGCGACGUCUACAGCUUCGGCGUCGUGAUGCUGCAGCUCCUCACCGGGCGCAAACCGUACGACAGCUCGCGGGCGCGGGGCGAGAGGCACCUGGUGCCGUGGGCGAGCGCGCGGCUGUACGACCUCGCUGCGCUGGGGAAGAUGGCCGACCCGCGCCUCGCCGUGCCGCCGCCGCUGGUCAGGUCGCUGUCGCGCUUCGCCGACAUCAUCAACCGGUGCAUACAGCAAGAGGCAGAGUUCCGGCCUGCCAUGUCGCAGGUGGCGCAGGACCUGCGGCGCGCGCUGGAGGACGCGCGCGCGGGCACGGGGACGGGGUGCUCAUGCUCGGCUCGCCGAUGGACUUGCUGUGUCACCUCACGCAUGGAACGGAGCUGCACUGUGUGA